AUGUCUUUCAACCUUAGCUCACCUGACCGGAAGAUCCAUGCCGGAGUCAUCCUCACCAGAGGCGUCACCGAGAUGCUCGACGUAGCGCCUUUCGAGUUCUUUGCCUGGGUCGACAAGGAAAGCCUCCAAAAGUUCAAGUUUCCGGCCGCUAUGGUUGAGGAGGGCAUGGACAUCGAGCUGCACUGGGUGACCGAAGACGGGAGCCCGGCGCCAAUGAGGAGUGGCGCUGAGAUCAAGCCUACUGACUCAUUCGCCUCAUGCCCGCCGCUCGACAUCGUGCUCAUGGGCGCGCACGACGUGAGCUACCAGACGAGCGAGACCGAGAAAGCCUUCAUCCGCAAGGCGUACGAGCAGUGCUCCGCCUUCCUGACCGUCUGCGGCGGCGUCCUGGCGCUGCUCGAGGCCGGGCUGCUGGAGGGCAAGACGGCGACGGGCCCGCGGAUGAUCCUGGACAUGAUGCGCAAGAACGCGCCGUUGGUCAACUGGGUCGACAGGCGCUGGGUGCGCGACGGCAAGAUCUGGAGCUCGAGCACGCUGCUGAAUGGAACCGAUCUGAUGCGCGCUUUCGCGGAGGAGACGUGGGGCGGCCGGAACGGCAUGGUCGAGGCGAUGUUGGACGCGGGCCAUUGGCCGGUGAGGGAUGUCGAUUUCAAGGAUUACCAGGGCCAGAACUAUGCGGUCGAUAGCUUUGAGUGA